AUGAAUCUACAGUUUCCCAUAAAAUUUGUCGAGAUGCGCGCGGCGUCGCGGGUGCUGCAGCAUGCAUCGCUGGCAGCGCCGGUGAUUGAAGAUGGGCAAGAAUCAAUGAAAAAACUUGUCUACGCGCCGCUAGGUUUUCUUUCGUUAGGAGGAAACGCGUCUUAUAUUGCGUCAAUCCUCGCUUCUGCUGUAAGCUUCCUCGAAGGCUACAGUGUCGAGGACCUCGAGACAGAUGUGCGUCUUGUUCAAAACUCGAACGGAGAGUACACUGCUCAUACCAAACUCACACUAGUCCCAUACGCUCUUCCGCGCCAAGAUGCUCUCAUUGACGCGGCGUCAAUACAGCCUCUCGGCGCUGCUACAGACCUGACACUCCCAAAGGUCACCCAUUACUUUUCGAUGUCUAGAACCCUCCCUGUUCGUAGGCAGGAGGUAUCCUCGACGCUUGAAUUAGAUCGGUUUAGGGAUAGCUUCUACGGGAACGUCAUGUCAGCCGACAUUGUGGCGAAUGAUAUUCUCCUCACGACGGAUUCUGUCGAGGUGGCGAAUGCAGUGCUGCGCUAUUCUGCGCAGGUGGGGCUGACGAUCCCGCGUUCCACUCUUUCAGAACUCAUGCGGCGAAUGAAGACCUGCGAAAAUUCUCUUGUGCAUCAUGUUUUUAAGGAACUUGAGUUUGAAGUCAAUUUGGGGAUGAUGCAGCAAACAAGUCUGUUCACCUCCCGCUCGACGGUUAGCGAUGUGCCACCUCCGAGAAAGCGUAAGCAAAGCAAGCUCGAGCGUUUGCGCAGCUCAUCCUCACGUUGUUCAAAAACGUAG